AUGGUAGUUCAUGCUCAUGAUGAAAAGCUCUUGAUGCAUGUCUUUCAGGAUAACCUUACAGGUUCAACGGCCAGGUGGGUGCAACAGUUGAUUAAUGAUGGAAUGGAAUUGGCUUUGGACCUAUACAUCAUUGUUGUUGGAAAAAUGCAGAGCUGGAGUUCCUUGCGGGCCUCCCAUCUCUACGAAGCUUGUGGUUGGAAGGGAAUCCACUAUGUUGUGCCUGAUGGUAUCGUGCACAAGUAUUCAGCUACCUCAUUGAAAUUAGAUGACAAGGACAUAAGCACCAGAGACUAUUGGAAGAGGAAGAUUAUUGUUGCCAGUGGACAGAAGCGACCUUCCAGCUUUGGGUUAUAUUCUCCUGCAAAAGAUGAUGCUGAAGGGGAGGGGGGUAUCAACAAAAAGAGGAUAAAGGCGUCUCGACUUGCUUGUAUUGAGAGUCGAAAAAGAAUCACUUACAUUUGUUCUGACCUUGAUUCUGUAUCGUGCGAUAAUGAAAUUCUAAGCAGAGAGGAGAGUAUCAUUUCUGAGGAUGAAGCUGAAAUAGUUGAUUUGAUGAACAGAGUAGAAAAAGAGCGCUCUAUUCUUUGGUUGCGGGAAUUCAAGGAUUGGAUGGAUCAUGCUUCUGAGAAUUUUGCAGAUGCUGGUAAUUAUAAUGGGGCUAUGUUAUAUCCUGGGAAAGACAAUUAUAAGCAAAGCGGGAAAAGCGGGAGGCAUUCUAGUGAAAGCUCAAGAUAUGUUUCAGACUCUGUUCAAGCUUCAGGAGAUGAAAGCAGCAUGAUUGUUUUAGAAUCUGUUGAUUCUUUUGCAGAUACAUCUACUGGUGUGCAUGCCCACAGAUAUUUUGACCAUAUAAUUUCCUCGGGUAUCACUGUUGGGCUGUCUCUGCCAGGCUUGAGGACAAAGGAUAUAAAGGAGGAGUAUCAUAAAUGCUACUUGCAUGACGAGACUAGUAGCGGAUCCAUGGGAGCAGAGAGUUCUCGGCGUAAUUAUUUUGCUAUCCAAAGAAGUAAUAGGAUGGUUGAAAAUGCCAGUAAGGACCUUUUGCAUCGUUGCCACAAUUUGGUGGAAGAAAUUCUGCAGUUAUCUGCAGAGUCCUACUCGGUGGCAUCAUAUGAUAGUGAUACUAGCUGUAGCGAAGAUGAUUACCAUGAAGAUGGGCUACCUGCCCAGGAAUAUCUCAAUAUGAAUGUCAAAGGGCAUUUUCCAUCGCAUCUUUUUGAGGAUAAUUACUAUGAAAAGGGAAAUAAGAUAUCCCAUGGGAGCAAAAAUGGCAUCUGCUUCAUUGAUUCAUGUGCUGAACAAACCUUUAGCGCCUCUAAAAAUGUAAAUGCGAACCAACCCCUGCAAUUAAAAGUAGCUCUAGCAUUGAGCAGUGAGGAAAAGUUGUAUGUGCUGCUUGUUGGUGUCGCAUUUGACGUUUCAGGUUGGAUUAAUACUGAUUUUUUGACAAAAUUUGAAGAUAUAAGCGAGGUUCUUGUUGGUCUGGGUCUUCAGGUGGUGAGGGUGUGUGUUGAGAGGAGUGUAGUGUACCUGUUCAUAACAAGGAGUAUCGAGGAAUCAACUCAAUUACUUCACAUGUUGAAAGUUGCUGAUUCAUGUGCACCAAAUAAUAAAUGUUCUUUAAGGAGGUGA